CAAUAAAAAAACAUACAAAAAUGACUGAGUCUUAUGAAACAAAACUAAAAACAUUAUGCAGAAUAUGUGGAGAAAGUGUAGAUAAUGAUAGUGUUCUUUUAACAAAACACAUUGCUAGAAUAGAAUUUUGUUUUUUUAUCCGAAUCGAUAAAGACCACUCAAAUAUACAUCCUCAAAAAAUGUGUUAUAGAUGCUUUUCAAUAUUAAGAAAUAUUGAAAAAGGUUCAAACACUGAACUAAAAUUAAGAUCAUGGCCUGAAAAUUGUAAUCUAACUGAAUGUGUUUGCUUUAAAUCCAAUAAAGGAAGAAAAAAAAGAAAAAGAUAAGUAGAAGACCUUCGAGUAUUAGUUAUAAAGAAAAUAAUUGGACAAGACACAAAAUAAAUAACAUACAAUCUAAUUUUUUUGAAUUUUUCAUAUUUAAUCAUAAAUCUCAGAAUUGAAAAUACUGCUUGAAGCAGACCAUAUAAAGAAAUCAUUUGGGCCACUUGUAAAAGAACUAGAUAAGGUACUUAAUUCAUUAGGAGUACAAAGACAAGCAUACCACGGGAAAAGUUUUGUUGGUAAUCAUGUUAACAAAAUGUUAAAGGAGAAAAGUAUUCUUGAACUUUGCAACUCCAUACCAAACCUUGUAGUCGAACUUGGGUUCAAUGACACUAAUAUACACAAAGAAACUAUUGAAAUUUGUAAAAACUUCAAGGUACUCUUCUCUAAAUUUGGAAUUUGUCACAAGCUUAUUAACUCCUGCAAUCAGUUCAAUGAAGAUAAGAAACAGGACCUUGAAAAUCAAAUCAAAGAUUUCAUGAAGUACUUUCGUGAAAACUGGCCAAACGCUUCAAUCACACCAAAGCUUCAUAUGCUGGAGUACCAUGCAUUACCUUUCAUUAGAAAAUGGGGAGUAGGACUAGGUACUUAUGGAGAGCAAGGUGGAGAAAGUAUUCAUGCUGAAAUCAACCGUAUGAAGAGUAUCUACUGCCAUAUGAAAGGAGUAGGUAGAUUAAGAAGCAUAAUGAAUGAGCAUUUCAUAAAAAACAACCCAACUGUAAAAAAAUACCAAAAAAAAGCUCAACCAAGAAAAAGAAAAUUGUAG